UCAAUUCUCAAUUACAUCUACUCCUUUGUCUUCAGACAUCUUCAAUCCACAACCAUCACAAUGAAGUUCUCCAUCGCUGCUGCUACCGCUCUCUUCGCGGCUCUCACCACCGCUCUCCCCGAGGCCUUCACCCUCGUCGCUGAUGGCGGCAACACCGUUCUGACCGAUGGCCCUCCUCAUCGGCGCUGACCCCGCCUCGCACGAGAUCCUCAUCCUCCGUGGCUCCAACGAAACCACCGGCGUCAGCUUCACCUCUACGGACCAGACCCCCACUGGCUUCCAGACCCUGUACGUCGUCGACGGCCAGGUCGCCCCCGUCGGUCUGACCCUUCCUCACUCGGGUGCUACCCCCGAGGGUGCCAGCCUCGACGGCUUCGGUACCGACAAGGACGGCUACUUCACCCACGAGGGCAAGAACUAUUUCGGUAUCGAGGGCUACGGCGACAACCCGGAGCGUACCAUCAACUGGGUUGACGGCCACUCUAGCACCCAGCGUGUGGCUAACCUCUGGGUUAAGGAGUGCAAGGGUUGCUAAACAGUUGGCCGGUACCAGUUGAACUUGUACAGUGUAUAGCAUUGCGUCUUUCUGUUAUUUGAAGUCAAUAGUUUUCACUGUACAGAGUAGUCUGUAGUCGAUGUUUAUCGCAGAUCUCUUAUGCUCGG